UAGCGCAAGAUCGGAGAGCGAUGGUGCCGCGGCGCUGUGGGGAUCUACGCACUCGCAGGUAGCAGCCGCUGUGCUGCAUUUCCCCGACGCGCUUGCCGCUGGCACUGGGAUUUGGCAGCGAAAUCAAGGCGCGCGCCACGAAAUCCACCGGCAUUGCUCUCCUCGGCCCCGACGCCUCCUGCUCCGCCGCUCCAGGGAACACCGCCAGCACCGGGGGAGCGGCAUUUCGCCCGGAUUCGACAAUGCCGGGGGUGUACACCGCGGAUCUAGCACUGACGGGGUAAGGAGUGCUUCUAGGGAAAAUAUUUCGGCACGGGCAUUGGUUCUUGGCGCGGGGCAAGGGAAAUAUUUCGCGAGAUUUCGUCCGUCCACACCGGGAAGGCCAUGGCUGGCAGCAACAGCGGCAACUACAGCAUCCCGACCACGAGCUUCCCCUCGCAUCAGCUCAGCAAUGGGCUCUACGUCUCCGGGCGGCCGGAUCCGUACAAGGAGAGGCUGCCAACGAUGAGCUCCACAGCGAUGCCAUACACAGGUGGUGACAUAAAGAAGUCUGGCGAGCUGGGCAAGAUGUUUGACAUACCCGUAGAGGCUCCCAAGACAAAGAAGUCGGGUCCAAUUGGGAGUGGAGUUGGGAAUCCACAGGCAAAGCAGCAGCAGCAGCAGCAGCAACACCAAGUGGGUUCCGCGGUGCUGUCGCGCUCACACUCCGGACCACUCCCAUCUGGAGCGCCUCGGACGGCUUUCCCCACCUCGGGCCCGAUGAGCGCUAGCAAGUCCUACUCCCAAAGAUCCAACUCGGGGCCCCUCUCCGGGGCGGGGUUUGCGAGCUCUGGCUCCAAGUCGGGGCCGCUCACGGGACCACACGGCGCUGGUGGUGGCUUGAAGACGUCAGGGCCUUUGUCAGGCGGGACAACGCCCAACGUUCUGAAGACUUCCGGCCCACUUACGCCUAAUCUCCCUGCCACCGGACUCAUCACCUCUGGGCCGCUCUCCUCCACCGGGGCUCCGCGCAAGGGGCUGUCCGGCUCCAUGGAGCUGGGGGCGUCCGGGAGGUUCCCCAGGGCGUCGUCCAUGCACGGCCAGGCGGUGACCAACAUGAGCAACGAGCAGAGCUACUCGCUCCGGAGCAACUUCCCGAAGGUGAUACUGUGGACGGUCAUCCCGCUCUUCAUCAUGGGGUUCAUCGCGGGCGGCUUCAUUCUCGUGGCGGUCCAGAACGCCAUCCUGCUCAUCGUGGUCGGGUCACUCUUUGUGGCCCUCAUGGUUCUGCUCAUCUGGAACACUUGCUGGGGAAAGAAGUCGGUGCUCGGCUUUAUUGCCAACUUCCCAGACGCUCAGCUCGGCAAUGCGAAGGACGGGCAGUACGUGAAAAUCACCGGGGUUGUGACUUGUGGCAGUGUUCCUUUAGAGUCAUCCUACCAGAAAGUAAAUCGCUGUAUAUACACGUCAACGGGUCUUCAUGAAUUCAGAGGCGUCGAUUCAAAGCCGGUCAACGACAAGCAGAGGAGGUUUACCUGGGCUCUCCGACACAUGGACAGGCAUGUGGUGGACUUUUACAUCUCAGACUUUCAAUCGGGCUUGAGAGCUCUGGUAAAAGCCGGCUAUGGUGCCAACAUCACACCGUAUGUCGAGGAGAGCCCCGUGGUGGAGGUCGCCCCCGCUACCAAGGACCUGCCAAAGGAUUUCGUUCGCUGGCUAUCGGAGAGGAACCUCUCCCGGGAGGACAGGAUAAUGCGGCUCACCGAGGGGUAUAUCAAAGAGGGCAGCACCGUCACAGUGUUGGGGGUUGUCCAGAGGCACGAAAACGUCCUGAUGAUCGUCGCUCCUCCCGAGCCCGUGUCCACUGGCUGCCAAUGGCGUAAGUUCCUCCUCCCGGCCAACUUGGACGGCCUCAUUAUCAGAUGCGACGAAGUGUCCAGGGUGGACGGGAUACCUCUGUGAAGAAAUGCGAUCGCAGGAGAUGGAGGAGAGUGAGAGGGAGAGAGAGACAGAGAGGGGGGAGAAAGUUUCCAGCCGAAUUUCUCGUGUUCUCGAGGACGCUGCUCGCAACAACGAAGAACUAAAGAUUGGAAGAAAACGAGGAGCUGCUGAAAGCUUUGCUGCUUUCAAUAACUAAAUAGUGAGUUUGAUUUCCUUGUGAAA